GCCUGCUGUCAACGCCCUCGUUUCUUGGCUGGACAGGGAGACGAAAGGAGGCUGCGGCGCUAGGCUAGGCAGAGGUGCGAGGCGUGAUUGCGAGCGAUGUGGCUGCUGGCUCUGGUGCUGUUGGUCUUCGGCGGCGAGCCUUGUCUUGGCACCCACGACGGGUGUAGGAGCAACGAUGACUGUGACGCUGCUCUGCUUUGCGUUGCUGCUGCUGUCGCUGCCGCUGGCCUCACUGUCGCUGCCGGUCGUUCACCGACCUACGCCAGCUCAGUGGGGCCAGCGGACCAAUGGCAGGGCAAUCGUAGGCUGAGCGGCGGUGCUGGGAGAGGGGAUUGGGAAAUCGUAGAUGACGCAGACGAGAUGGUCAAGAGUCGAGGAGAUGAGGGUGGUGGAGUCGAGGAGAUGAGGAUGGUGAUGAGGAUGGCGGUGAUGGCGAUGGCGAUGUGACCAUAUUGUGACGCUCCAUUUCGCCCUGAGCGGCGGCUGAGAGGUACGGAACGAUAGUUGUCUGCCC